CAACGGAAAGUCCCGCAGCAGCAUGCCGAGGAGAAAGCAGCAAGCCCCGCGGCGGUCAGCAGCGUAUGGAUCUGAGGACGAGUUUAAAGUGGAUAAGAUUGGUGAAGAGGAACAUCUGCAGGAUGACGGCCUUUCCCUGGAUGGUCAAGAAGAUCUGUUCAAUGAUGACGACGACGCAGGUGAUCGUUAUAGCUGCCAAAACUCUCCACUCAGCAAUGGCACUAACCCAGACGCUGGGUACGCCUCUCCACUCAGCACCACCAGUGAUCAUCUGGUGGACCUUAAGACCACGCCCCCCACAUCAGAUCAGGACAAGGUAGAGGAGAAGCAAGAGGAGAGUACAGAGCCCAUCAAUGGCCUCUCGCUACAGGACAGUCUGGCCAAAAUGAAAACUGUCUAUGCAAACCUGAUCUCGGAUGCCUCCUGGUCCAGCAUUGCUCUGGACAUGCUGAAAAGUAAACAAGGGAACAAUUACGCAGCCAGCAAAGACAAUGGAAGCAAUCACAAAGGGAGCAAUGGGUUCCAGAACAGUCACAGCCCAGGCAACAUCCAUCUGAAGAGCAGAGGUAGCACUAGCAAUGCCUCAGCCACCACGAAUAUUACCAUCAGCAGUACCACCACCGGAGCAGUGUCAAGCAACAGUGGGACCAGUGUAAGCUCUGGAAGCACAGGAGGAUUAGCUUAUGACUGGCACCAGGCAGCGUUGGCCAAAACCUUUCAGCAUACCCCAUACCAACUGCUUCCUGAGCCAAGCCUUUUCAGCACAGUGCAGCUUUACAGGCAAAACAAUAAGCUCUAUGGCCCUGUGUUUACGGGUGCCAGCAAGUUCAGGUGCAAAGACUGUAGUGGUGCCUAUGACACUUUGGUUGGCCUGACGGUGCACAUGAACGAGACGGGCCACUACCGUGAUGACAAUAAGGAUACCGAGGAUGAUCGCAGCAGGAGGUGGUCCAAGCCACGUAAGCGUUCUCUGCUGGAGAUGGAAGGCAAAGAAGAUGCCCAAAAAGUUCUUAAAUGCAUGUACUGUGGCCAUUCUUUCGAAUCCUUGCAAGACCUCAGUGUUCAUAUGAUCAAAACAAAACACUAUCAGAAAGUGCCUCUAAAAGAACCAAUGCCGGCUCUCACCUCAAAGCUGGUACCCCCAACCAAAAAAAGAGCAUUUCAAGACUUGAUGUCCCCGAGCUCACCAGAGUCUGUCUCAUCUGGCAUACUCUUGGGAGAGUCUCACAAAGACCAAAAAAUGGCCAAUCCUUAUGUCACUCCAAACAAUCGAUACGGUUACCAAAAUGGUGCCAGUUAUACUUGGCAGUUUGAGGCACGCAAGGCACAAAUUCUCAAAUGCAUGGAAUGUGGUAGUUCACAUGACACCUUGCAGCAACUGACAGCCCAUAUGAUGGUCACAGGGCACUUUCUCAAAGUAACCAAUUCAGCCUCUAAAAAGGGUAAGCAGUUAGUUUUUGAUCCUAUCAUUGAGGAGAAAUGUCAGUCAAUUCCUCUGCCACCGACUACAACAAGACUCCCACCACCCAAUGGGAAGUCACAACCUGACUCCCCAUUGCAGCCCGCUAGCCCCGAUGAAAAAAACGAAGAAAUAAAAGAUGAAGAGGCAGAGGACGAGCAAAUGGAAGGGAUAGAACCGGAGAAAAAAAUUAAAGAGGAGAAAGAAGAGCCUCCUGAAAAAGCUGACAAACCUAGAAAGGCCAGAUCUUACCAAUAUCUGCGAGAAGAAGACUUGGAGGAGGCACCUAAAGGUGGCUUGGACAUCCUAAAGUCUUUAGAGAAUACAGUUUCAAGUGCAAUCAGCAAGGCCCAAACAGGCACACCAACCUGGGGUGGAUACCCCAGCAUUCAUGCCGCCUACCAACUCCAUGGAUCCUUGAAGUCUACCUUGCCGUCAUGUGGACAAGUUCAACCUCUAUUCAGCAGCAAGAGUUUGAAGGUACUGUCUUCUGAAUUAAGCUCUCUGAUCCAUUUGCCAAAUAGCCCCUCUCCACCACCAAGUCACAAGAGCAAUGUGUUGGCCAUGGAGGAGCUAGUUGAGAAAGUGACAGGGAAAACUUCCAUAAAAGGUGAAAAAGAGGAAAGACCUAUACAGAGUAAGUGCAGGUCUCUAAAGUCUCCAUUGUCAAAUUCUAAGGACAAACAGGUUUCACCCCAUCCAGAAAGCAGCUCAAGGGCAGUGAAAAACACUGUAGUAGAGGACCAGACUGAGUUGAGAGGCAAAGAAGGCGAGCAGACAGCGAGUAAAAUAGAGACAAAGAUAAAAAGUGAAGUUGAUUCACCAAAAAAGCCUGUAAGCAAUGGCUGCAAUAACCUGAGUAUCAUCACUGAUCACUCACCUGAACAACCACUAGUCAACCCUCUCAGUGCUUUACAGUCUAUCAUGAACAACCACCUGGGAAAAGCUGCAAAAGUGGCCACCCCCUUUGUAGACCCCUUUGCGAUGCUUUAUAAGAUCAACAGCAGCUCUGCUCAGGUUAAAUCAGCAGAGCAUGUGAGUCAGUACUGUGAUGAUGAUGAUCAGCCCAUUGACUUGACAAAAUCCAAAAACACCAAUGGAAGUACACUUACAGGUGUCUCUACACCAAACAACGGUAGCGUAAACAACAGCAAACCAGCUUUCAAAGAUUUCUCACAGUCCUCAUCUCCGCUCCUUCGGGAGAAUGCUUUGAUGGAUAUUUCAGACAUGGUAAAAAACCUGACGGGCCGUUUGACACCAAAGUCCACGACCCCUUCUUCCAUCUCUGAGAAAUCAGACCUCGAUGGCUGUACUUUUGAGGACAGUUUGGAGGAGGUGUCUCCCAUCCAAAGACGGAAGGGCCGACAGUCAAACUGGAAUCCCCAGCACCUCCUGAUUCUCCAGGCCCAGUUUGUCUCUAGUCUUAGAGAGACUGCUGAUGGAAAGUUGGUCGUCAGUGACUUGGGACCCCAGGAACGUGUCCACAUUUGUAAAUUUACUGGACUCUCCAUGACUACUAUCUCACAUUGGCUGGCCAAUGUAAAAUACCAGUUAAAGCGGACAGGGGGCACAAAGUUCCUUAAAAAUAUUGAGUCUGGCCAACCUCUGUUUUUGUGCAGUGACUGUGCUUCCCAGUUCAGGACUCCCUCCUCCUACAUUCACCAUUUGGAGUCCCACCUCGGGUUUACCCUGAAGGACCUCUCCAAGCUUUCCAUAGAUUUAAUCGAGCAGCAAGCAGUCAGCAGAAUAGAGGACAAUACUUUUAGUCCCUCUGGACUUACAGAAGAAGACACUGGCUCAAUGUAUCAGUGCAAACUGUGCAAUCGGACAUUUCUGAGCAAACAUGCAAUCAAAUUGCACCUUUGCAAAACACAUGGAAAGUCGCCUGAGGACCAUCUUAUCUUUGUGAAAGAGUUGGACAAGUUUGAUAAACAAUGAAGAAGCUGAUAGCAUGACAGAUUACUGUUGCACUAUAACUCUAAGCUACAAUCUGUCAUAACAGAUGGUGCCACAACUGUAUUGACACAUAUCGUAAUGACAACAUGGUUGAUACGGUAGUUAUUCAGUUAUCCAUAAAUGACAGGACUUUGCGCUGCAGAGGCUCAAAGCUAAGUUGUAAAAGUAUUAUUUUUUGGUGACAAACAUACCAAAUUGGUGCAGCAGCCAUGGCACUAUCUCGUCACUGAUUGUUGCUUUCCUAAUGCACUGCAUCUAAUCUGAGCCUUUGGGAAAAGUCCAUCUGUUGAUUUAAAACUGGACCACGCUCUUAUUUUGAUCACAGAUUUUGAAUGAUUUUUUUCAAGAUGAAUAUAUUUCAACACACUUGCAUAUUAUUUAUGAGACAGUUUGUGCAUGUUUUUUAUGUAAAACAGUGAGCAUAUUAUGUCUAAUGAAAUUUAAACCAUGAUUAACCAAACUGAUAUCCCUGUUUUUUUAAAGUCCAAAUGAAGGUAAAUGGUUAUGAAAGUAGCCAUGUGAAAGGUGAUGUUUUGAAAUUUGAUUUGAGCACUUUAAGGAAGUGUAAAUUGAUGAAGAAAUGUGUUGGUAAAAAUGGCUACACAUCACCCUUUUCAUUUUUAAUUGCAAUUUGAGGAACUAACUAUAAUAUUGUUUUUUAUUUGUCUUUAAAUCACAGAAAUUCUUACAAAAUAUUUAGAAUAUUGGUUUCUCUAGUAAAAUAUGAUUUCCUGGUUGUUUCAACAUGUACAGUAUUUGCGUUAGUAGGCUACCAAUUUUAUUAUUGUGAAGCUACAGUUGUAAAAUUAAUGAAGUUUAAAGUUAUUGUAUGAAUAAUCAGCAAGUAUGUAUACAUGUAUGUCAGCAUAUCUUGCUCUUUACAGUUCAACAUUAUUUGUACUGUGUGCAUUUUUAUAAUGUUUUUUUCUAGACAAAUAUGGGGGGAAAUGUGUAAAACUACAGAAUAUUGUCGGACCACAAUGUCCUUUUUCAGUGAAAAGUAGGUCCUUUGAUGAGGUUUACAUAAAAUAACAUUUACCGGCAUCUACUCUGAUGCAUGGUCCUGUACAUAACAUUGAAGAAAUAAAUUCUCACCCAAUGAUUUUCAGGUUUUAUCAUCACCCCGAUUAUUCAG